CCAAAUCAGUCUUUUCGAGUUCAUUAACUGAGGAGAAAUGGGCUCCCUGGUACCGUUUCUGUUGCUGUUUCCCUUGGUAGGGUGUAUUUCAAUUGAUUAUCUCACGAAACGGAAUACCAUCCUAGCAGCGGAGAAACAAUUGUCAACCGGGGGUCAUGCCUUCCUCACAGCCAAGGAAAUCAAAGCCGACGAAGUUCUCAUGAACCUCAAGAACAAAACCAUAGUCGAAGGAGUUACCAGUCCCAGAUCUUACGCCCCAGCGAUGCACUUCUUCCAGGCCAAGCCCAUAAUUGACAACAGCAGCAUUUUCAAAAUUGUACGAUCUAUGCCCAAAGGAUCGGUUCUGCACCUUCACAAUACGGCAGCGGUAAGCUCCGAGUGGAUCAUCAAAAAUUUAACCUACAGACCGGAGGCAAAGCUGUGCGAGUCCGAAGGCAACGUCUACUUCACCACUCGGAAGAGCCCGAUAUGCCCGGAGGAAUCGCUCAAGUCCAUUCAGUCGCUUCGUGCGAAAAACGGCUCGAUUGAAGCGUUCGACGCUUGGUUGGAGUCUCACGUCAAUCUCAAGAAGAGCGACCCCGAAUUGAUGCACGCGGACAUCAACACCAUCUGGGUGGAGUUCGAGAAGAUGUUUUCCGUCAUACGGGACUUCGUCAACUACAGACCGUUCUUCGAGGCCUUCCACACGCAGCUGUUGAAGGAAUUCUACGAAGACAACGUCCAGUACAUAGAACUGCGGAUGCCUCUGUCGAAGUUGUACGAUGCGGAUGGGAAAGUGUACGACGAAGCUCAGGUGGCUACCAUCGUGGUGAACUUGAUCGAUAGCUUUAAAGCGACCCAUCCAGGGUUUGUUGGGGCUAAGGUCAUAUUCUCCAAGCAUCGAGGCGUCGAUAGCGGAACGGCGCAGGAUCUGCUGAAGUCUUACGUGAAACUGAACAAGGAGUUCCCUAAGUUGGUGGUCGGUUUCGACCUGGUCGGCCAGGAGGACAUUAACCAACCGUUAACCAGCUUCCUGGAAGAACUGCAGGAGUUCAGAAAGACUACCCCAUACUUUUUCCACGCUGGAGAGACAAAUGGUUACGGCAGCGAGUCGGAUCUCAAUCUGAUUGACGCCAUUCUGCUCGACAGUCGACGCAUCGGGCAUGGAUUCUCGCUGUACAAACAUCCGGUCCUUCGGAAGAUGGUCAAAUCGGAAGGGAUUGCUUUGGAGGUGUGCCCUCUGUCCAACCAGGUGCUUCGCUUGGUGAACGAUCUGCGGAACCAUCCGGCUGUGUAUUACGUCUCCGAGAGCAUACCGAUUGUGAUAUCAGCGGACGAUCCAGGCUUUUGGGACAGCAAAGGCGUCAGCUAUGAUUUCUACUACGCAUUGAUGGCUAUUGCACCCAGUUCGAUCGGGAUUGGAUUCCUAAAGCAAAUCGUUUGGGAUUCAGUGAGAUAUAGCUCAUUGACACCGGAGGAACGCACGGAAUACUCGGAAGUUCUCCAGCCAAAGUGGGACCAAUUCUUGGACGAUCUAAUCGCUGGAAAAUUAUUCUAAUACUUUACUUCUUCUGUGAAACCACAAAUCACACUAACAAUAUCACAAUCACUGGGGUUGCCGUUUCUGCUGAAUGAAGUUCCUACAGCAUAUCACAAUUUGGUCAUAGCACCGUCUGAAUCCAUGAAUUCCACGUUC